GUAAACCACCUUCCCCUUGACAAAAAAAAAAGAGCAUAACCUUUUACAACCCAUUAUCAAAUAUUAUGGCAUCGACCGAAACAAAAUCGUCCCUAGAGGCCGACCAGCCGCGGGCCGGGGCCGCGGCCACGGCCAGGACAUGUCUGAAGGGUCAGGUCGGGCUAAGGGUUAUACUGUUCGCGGCCACCUUAACUUCGGUAGUGGUAAUGGUCACCAGCAAACAGACCGAACUUGUUCCUGUCCCUGGAACACGUCUACGUUUCCCUAACCCUGCCAAGUUCACCGACUCUCCUGCCCUCAUAUACUUCGUUGCCGCGUUAUCCGUGGCAUGCUUCUACAGCAUCGUAUCUACACUUGCCUCGCUCUCCGCCAUCUCCAAGCCCUCUUGCUCAUCAAUUCUCUUCCUAUAUCUUGCCAUCUUGGACGUGAUGAUGCUGGGAAUCGUGGCGUCGGCGACCGGAGCAGGAGGAGGAGUAGCAUACAUCGGCCUGAAGGGAAACAAACACGUCCGAUGGGGCAAAAUCUGUAACAUCUACGACAAGUUCUCCCGCCACGUCGGCGGAUCUAUCGCCGUCUCUCUGUUCGCUUCCGUCGUUCUCGUCCUCCUCUCCGUCGCAUCCGUCGUCUCCCUCUACAAGAGAAUCCGUUGAUCCUUCUCUCUUUAUAUAUAUAUAUAUAUAAUUUUAAUUAUUCUUGAAUAAUUUUUUUUUUCAAAUCGUGUUUAUAUAUUUCUUUCUCGUAUCUUGAAGUGAUUGGUUGUGCUGAAAUUACGUUAGGAUAUUUUCGUUAAUUCGAUUGAGUUCGUCGAUCGGUAUGGUCUCAUGUUGUAUUAUUUGUUUUGUUCGUCGAUAUUGUCGUGUACUAAUAAUAUUUAGUGUUUAGUUUUUUUUU